AUGUGUUCAUUGUUUCAGCUUCGAAAGCCUGUUUCCACGCUCUCGAUCCCGGCGACCAUGAAAGGUCCGCCUGGUCGAGAGGGUAGCGUCGGAGGAGAAGAUGCCGGUAUCGCAUUAGUAGGUGUUCAUUCCGACUAUCCAAAAUAUGCAGAAGACCGAGGAAACAUGCAAGGAAAGGGAAGUCCAGGAAGAAAACAUAAACCCAAUGUAGGCUACAGGUUAGGACAAAAAAAAGCACUUUUUGAAAAAAGAAAAAGAAUAAGCGAUUAUGCAUUAGUUAUCGGAAUGUUUGGCAUUAUCGUCAUGGUAAUGGAAAACGAACUAUCCAGUGCAGGUGUAUACACAAAGGCCUCAUUUUAUUCCACCGCACUCAAAACUCUUAUUUCUGUAUCAACUGUGAUUUUACUUGGAUUGAUUGUGACUUACCAUGCACUUGAAGUACAGUUAUUCAUGAUUGAUAAUUGUGCAGACGAUUGGAGAAUUGCAAUGACCUGGCAAAGAAUAUUUCAAAUAUCAAUAGAAUUAAUUAUAUGCGCAGUACAUCCGAUACCGGGACAGUAUUAUUUCUUGUGGACCACAAAAUUAGCCAACAAAGGUGGCGAUAUAGGAUCCAGAUGGGUUCCAUACGACGUCACUCUUUCAUUGCCAAUGUUUUUUCGCCUUUACCUCAUUUGUAGAGUAAUGCUUUUACAUUCGAAACUUUUCACGGAUGCCUCUUCAAGGAGUAUCGGAGCAUUAAAUAGAAUAACUUUCAACACAAGAUUUGUACUUAAAACAUUAAUGACGAUUUGUCCGGGAACUGUUUUACUUGUCUUUAUGGUUUCCCUAUGGAUCAUCGCCAGUUGGACACUCAGGCAAUGCGAGAGAUUUCACGAUGAGGAACAUGCAAACCUUUUAAAUGCCAUGUGGCUAAUAGCAAUAACAUUUCUCAGCGUGGGAUUCGGGGAUAUUGUGCCAAACACAUAUUGCGGACGAGGAAUAGCAGUUAGCACGGGAAUGAUGGGUGCCGGUUGUACAGCUCUUUUGGUUGCCGUCGUGUCACGUAAAAUGGAACUAACAAGAGCUGAAAAACACGUGCAUAAUUUCAUGAUGGACACUCAACUCACCAAACGGUUAAAGAAUGCGGCGGCAAACGUUUUGAGGGAAACUUGGCUUAUAUACAAAUACACGAGAUUGGUAAAGAGAGUAAAUCCCGGGCGGGUUCGCACUCACCAGAGAAAGUUCCUACUUGCCAUAUAUGCCUUGAGAAAAGUUAAAAUGGAUCAAAGAAAACUCAUGGACAAUGCUAAUACAGUUACUGAUAUGGCAAAGACUCAAAAUUCCGUUUAUGAAAUAGUUUCGGAUAUGAGCAGUCGACAGGAUACAUUAGAAGAAAGACUCACAAGUUUGGAAGACAAAUUAAAUGCCAUACAUGAGAAAGUAGAAUUUUUACCCGACCUUAUUUCAAGAUGCCUGACACAGUUUUUUGAAAAAUCGGACAACCGUAGAAAUUUUUUACAUCCGGAUGCGGCUUCUUCUAUAACUCCGGUACAAUCAAAUGCUAACAUAAUUAAUUCCGGUGGUGGUGGUGCAAAAGGACCCGUGGCGCCUUCGACUUUAUAUUUUAUGCCUUCACCGAGUCAAAUUCCGUCUCCUCCGCAAACGCAGAACAAAAAUGUUCCGCCGAACUGUUGCACCAACUAUCAUUGGCCAACUUCAAAUUCUUCGUCCGUCAGCGUUAGAAAUCAUUCGCCUACACAAAUUCCGGAUUCCAGUUGA